AGAAGUAUGAUGUAUUGCACAGUUAGAAAUAAAUCACUUUCCCGCCAUGGCUUUCGAAAUUUAGGUUUAGGGUUUAGAGGCGUGAUGAAGGGGCUUCUUCCCUUACGCGCGGACGAUGACACGCCUCGGAAUGCCAAGCGCAAGAGGGAGGAAGAUCGGCCGCGUCUCGAGGAUCUCCUCCAGCGCUACUUCGGCCACUCGAGCUUCCGCGGAUUGCAGCUCGACGCGAUCGAGGCUGUUCUAGCAGGCAAAGAUUGCUUCUGCAUGAUGCCGACGGGUGCCGGGAAGUCUCUCUGCUAUCAGAUUCCAGCGCUGGCAAAGCCAGGAAUUGUUCUUGUGGUUUCGCCAUUGAUUGCAUUGAUGGAAGAUCAAGUUGCUGCUUUAAAAUCCCGUCAAAUAUUUGCAGAGUACUUGUCAUCGUCACAACCCGUGAAAAUGAGGAACAAGAUAUUCGAGGAGCUUCAAUCUGGUAAACCGAAUUUAAAGCUGCUGUAUGUUACUCCAGAAUCGGUUGCAACCAACCAUCUCAUGCAAAAGCUGAGAAAGCUUCACGAGAGGAGCCUUCUGUCUCUGAUUGCCAUUGAUGAGGCGCAUUGUAUAUCAUCCUGGGGACACGACUUCAGACCAAGCUAUCGGAAGUUGUCAGCCUUGAGAACAAGCCUACCUGACAUUCCAAUACUAGCUCUAACAGCGACAGCCAGCAAGAAGGUGCAAGAAGACAUCAUCAAAUCACUUAGUUUGCAAAAGGCAGCAGUUUUAAUAUCGUCUUUUAAUCGUGCAAAUAUUUUCUAUGAAGUGCGCUUCAAGGACUUGAUGACGAGUGCUUACGAGGAUCUGCGAAAUAUAAUCACGAAAGCUCCGACGCGGUGCAUGAUUAUUUACUGUCAUGCUCGCGCCAUGUGCGAUGAAAUAGGCUCGCGGUUAAAAUCGGAUGGGAUCUCGUGUCGAGUAUAUCACGCGGGUAUCAACGUUAAAGCUCGGAGCCAGGCAUUGCAAGACUGGGUUCUUGGAGAAGUUCAUAUUAUUGUGGCGACUAUCGCAUUUGGGAUGGGAAUAGAUCGGAAGGAUGUUAGGAUGGUGUGUCAUUUUAACAUGCCCAAGUCGCUCGAAUCCUUUUACCAAGAGUCGGGACGCGCAGGUCGUGAUGGUAAACCCGCCAAAAGUAUACUUUAUUACAGUGUCGACGACAAGCGAACCAUGGAGUACGUCAUAAGGAGUUCUUCUCAAAGGCAACAGGGUGGAAUUAGUGAGAAUGGAGAGAAUGAGCUGCUAAAGAAAAAUAUCGAAGCUUUUGAAAAGGUAGUGGCCUACUGCGAAGAAGCAAGCUGCCGAAGGCGUAGAGUACUGGAACACUUCGGAGAAAAUGUCUCUCCUUUACUAUGCAGUAAGACGUGUGAUGCAUGUAAGUGGCCGGAGAAACUCUCUAGAGAUUUGAAGGAGCUUGCGGAUGCUUCGUGUUUCAACUCCGUAUGGCAGUCCGGUGUACGCAUAAAAUCGGAUUGUUCUUCGCCGAAUGAUAAGAGCGAGUUUUGGAAUUACGACAAUGAAGAUGUGGACGAACACGAUGCGGAAGACGAUAUAUCGGACUCUGAAGACGAGAAAGCCAGGGAAGCUGCGAGUAAAGGUGGAAAGAAAGUCGAGAAAAGAGUUGCAGCUUUGCUGCGUGCCGAGGAAGAACAAAAAGCCAAACAACCAAAGAAAAAAUCAGCUCAAAACAAUUUGGUAACCGAGGAGCUCCGCUCUACAUCACGAGCACGCCUAGAAAACACAGUGCGAGCAGCCAUCGAGCGCCUUGGUUGUGCGGACGCUGUCAACACAACAGCAGCAGCAUCAGCGUUGGAGAUCGAGUGCCACGAAAAGUUCGGCAAAUUUGGGAGGAGUUUUUACCACUCCCAAGUUGCUAGCAAAGUUAGAUGGCUCUCCGCUUGCUCGGCCUCAGAGCUAAUCGCUUUCAAGAUCUCAUAGCGUUCUUCUCUAACAAGUUUUGCUAGCGAUAUGCCUUUACGUGAAGAUAUGGAGCAAACGAUGGACGUCCUUGGGAUUGUUAUCUCUGAGAACUUGAUUCGCUGCUCUUUUUCCAAUCGUGGGGGAGUUCUGUGGAUGGAUUCUACAAGCACCAAGCAGAGCUCCAAGAGCCUCGGCGUUUGGUUUGUAUGGCAUGCCAUAAAUCACCUCUUCCGCCCUCUUCAAGUUUCCAAUCCGCCCAAAGCCAUCUGCAACGCAGACAUAGUGUUCUUGGCUGGGUUCUAGACAAUGAUCGGAGCUCAUAGAUAAGAGAUAAUUUAGCGCUUUC